AUGGUGGCGGGAGACCAAGCCAAUGGGAACGGGUGGCCACCAAUUGGGGCACCACUCAACGUCCACAGAGACGACCAUUGGACCAACUUUGACAGCUCCGUCAACGCAGUCUCCUUCGGCUUCGUCGCCACCGCCAUUCUCAUCUCCAUGUUCCUCGUCAUGGCCAUUUUCGAGAGGUUCCUUCGCCCCACCUCGCCGCCCCUCUCCCCCGCCGCCCGCCCCGGCACCCGCGAUGUUGAAGCCCAGAUCGGCUUUUCCGCCAAGCUCGCUCACCCUUCUCCAAAAAUGAGUGUAUAUGCAAGUGGGGUUUCAGUUCUGAUGCCUGGAGAUGAGAUUCCUACAUUUAUUGCUCAUCCUGCUCCAUGUUGUCCAGAACGAAUAUCUUGGCCUUCUCAUCAGCAUAACACAUUACCAUGCUCCUCUUCAAAUACCCUCUCUACUACUAUCAAUUAA